GUCAAAGCCUCUACGCAUAACUGUGUCUGCCAACUGCAUUUGAUGUUGCCAUCGCCACAGUUAGCACCGCGAACCCGCCGCAACGGCGAUUGAAACUGGGUAUUGGCUUUUUAUAUAGUAGAAAGGGGCAAAGGAGGCUGCCGACUCUGCCCAGUUGGACACGAUGUCACAUCACGACUCCCAAUGUCCUGCUGAUGGCGACGCCAUGGAAGCAAGCUUGCUGGCGCUGUCGCAGCUGCCCCCCGGCCUGGUGAACCUUGGCAACAGCUGCUAUAUGAACAGCGCGUUACAGGCCCUCGCCUCCUCUCAGCGCUUCUGCGCUUACAUCUCGGAACGAGCCCAAGCCGUACAGUACGGCAUGGCACGGAUCCAGGCAGCCGAAACAACCACCGCAACAGCAACAAGCAUGCCGUAUACAUCUCAUCACCAGCAGCAGCAGCAGCCGACAACCAGCUGCCACAAAGCCCCUCCACCUCGUGUGCCCAGGGGUGCUCCGGUAUUGCGUCCUCACCAAGAAGGGUAUCAGCGGGCGGAGGAGCAGGAGAAGCAGGAGGAGGAGGAGGAGGGGGUCUCACAGGAAGAGGACACAGCAGCAGCAGCAGUGGUAGCAAGGCCAAACGCAGUAGCGUACACAGCUGCUUCGCCGGCAGCUGCCUCGGCGGUAGCACCGGCAGCAGCAGCAGCGACUGCGGCUGUUGCAGCAGCGGCGGCGCAUCAAGCAGCGGCGGUAGUGCUACAGCCACUAGUCAAGGCCCUCUGUCGUACAUGGCUUUGGCUGAAAGGUUGGGAGCCCCCUCCACCCGCGCAUCCCCCUCCCCCCCCGCCCCCGCCCCACCUGCGGCUCUCCUCCUACACGCACGCAGCUCCCAGGCGCACCUCCCCCAACCAACAUACCGGUAACCACCAACGGCCCAAGCAGCAGCAACAAACUGAGCUACAGCGUCUAGCCGCAUGCCGGCUGCUGCUACAGCUGCAUGCCGUACUGCAGGCGCUACAGCCGCGCUACAGCCCACAACAGCAGCAGCAGCAGUCGGGCAGGAACACUGGUAGCAACUGCGGACAAGGGCUUGCGACCACAGCUGGGGUGGGUACUACAGCUACAGCUACUGCUGCUGCGGCGGCGGCUGCGGCUGCGGUUAACCCCUGGCCUUUGCUUCGAGAAUUGAGGGACCGAUGGGGCGGUGUGUUGCAGCUGGGGGAGCAACACGACGCGUCGGAGGCGUUGGGGUGUCUCUGCGACUCCCUGGAUUCCGAGCUCGCCAUGUGGCACCUCAUGUACGGCAGGUGGAUCCAAACACCGCCACUGCUACAGCCGCUGCUACAGCCACCGCCGCUGCCGGGGAAGCACCACUCAUUGGCGUCAACGUUGGAGAGUGUACGGCAGGUCACUACGGCAGCAGAUGCGGAGACGGUGGCGGAGGUGGAGGUGGAGGUGGAGGCGGCUUCCGAGGAGGAGGAUGGGAUGACGUCUGGGGCGGGGGUGUGUGGGCAAUGCAACGGUGGCAGUGGUGGCAGCGGUGGCAGUCACCGCCUUGCGAGUGGCGAAGUCGGGGCCGGAGGCGGCGGUGGGACAGCAGGCGGCGGCUGUAGUAGCAGCAGCAGCAGCAGCAAUGGCGGCAACAGCAACAGUAGCUAUGUGAUGGGCAGCAGCAGCGGGUGCAAUGGCGCCAAUGUGCCCCUUCCUCCUAAUCCUGCCCCUGCUGCACCCCUGCUGCCGCCGCCCCCGCCGCCGCCGCCCCCCGCCAGCCCGCUGAGGGGCCUGAUGCGCACCUGCUCCACCUGCUGUGCGUGCGGCAACAGGUCCCCCACCCACGUGGAGCCCUUUUGGAGCCUGCAGCUGCCCCUGCCGCCCCCGGGAACAACCCCGCCCGCCCGCAACCUCACCUCCCACCCCUCCUCCACCACCUCCACACAACCCGCAACCGCCGCCCCCUCGCACCCAUUGCACUUCUCCUCCCACACACUGCCACACCCGCUGCUGCUGGCACAGCAACGCCGUAUGCACCCCCACCCCCCCCACCGCCACCCCCACACUCACCAGCAGCAGCUCACGCUGCGCGACUGCCUGGCGGGUGCGGUGGUGAGUGAGGAGGUGGUGGAGGGGGUGGUGUGUGCUCGGUGCAGCCUGGCAGUCGCACUGCGCAGGGCGGGGGUGGAGGUAGG